CAAUGCAUAACAUUUUGCAAAUGUCAAGCGUCAACAUGCGUUAAAAUGCCGAAAUUCACCGCAUUCGCCGCAGUCCGCAUUCAGUUUCUUAGUGUUCGCCGGCAUCGUUGCGUUCUUCGUAAUUUCACUUUAUAAAUAAUGUUCUCGUGAAGUGCUAGUGCCAACUAACCCACAAAACUCCUCGCGAUGGCCGCAGGCGGCACGAAAGUCGUCCAAGUGACGAACAUCGCUCCCCAGGCAACCAAAGAUCAGAUGCAGACGCUCUUUGGCUUUCUUGGCAAAAUAGACGAUAUCCGCCUUUACCCAACAGUGCGCGAUGUUUCAUGUCCAGUGCAGUCGCGAAUCUGUUACAUCAAGUUCUUGGACUCGAACACGGUGGGCAUCGCACAGCACAUGACCAACACAGUCUUCAUCGACCGCGCACUUAUUGUAAUCCCUGUACAAAACGGAGACAUCCCCGAUGAAUAUUAUGCCCUGGAAAUGACGCGCAAUGGAACGAUUGUACCGGGAUUAUGUCCUUCAGAACCAAAGUUACCACCAAAUGUAAUUAACACUAUUAGUGGAACUGGUUUGGAGCAGGUAAUCUUAACCUCAGACCCACAGUUAGAUGCUCAUGGGCUGCCACCUUAUCCCCCAUUGCCUGUGAACUAUGACAGUGCAAAGAUUGAGGAAGUACGAAGGACCAUUCUGCUAGGGAAUCUUGAUUUGUCUACUACAGUUGCAGAAAUUGCCGAAUUUUUUGCUCCUGCUGAAGUGAAGUAUAUUAGAACAUGUAGAAGAGCUUCAGAUGCUUCAGAAUACUUCCUUGUGGAAUUUACUGAACAAGGUAGUAUUAUUAAUGCCUUGAAAUUGAAUGGCAAUGAAUUGAAAGGUAGGAAUGUAACUAUCAGACAUUCAACACAAGCUAUUGUCAAACCUCAAGCUAAAAGUAAUGAAGCAGCUCAGAGAGAGAUUGAGGAGGCUAUGAGCAGAGUAAAGGAAGCUCAAAGUUUAAUCUCAGCAGCAAUUGAUCCAGUAAUUGGCAUGCUUUCAAAGGAUAAGAGAAGUGUAAGAAGAUCACGCUCCAGGUCAAGAGGAAGACGGCGCCGGUCAAGAUCCCGCUCUAGAUCGAGAAGAUCUCGUUCUCGGGGUGGAGGCGGAGGUGGCGGUGGUGGUGGAGGUGGAGGAAGACGCCGCUCUCGAUCCAGAUCUCGCGAUCGCCGAAGAAGAUCUCGAUCAAGGCGCAGGUCGCGUUCCAGGUCCAAACGAUCAAACUCGCGAGACAAACGAAGAUCGCGUUCCCGUUCGCAUUCUAAAACAAAAUCGCGUAGAAGGUCGAAAGACCGCGAGCGCGAACGUGAUCGCAAAUCACGAGACAAGUCUACAGAUCGCAAAGAUCGAAAGUCUCGGGAUAAGUCCCGAGAAAGAUCUUCGAGAAGAGAUGUCGAUAAGAAAGAUAAACGCGACCGGGAUAGAGAUGACGAUGAUCGCGAGAAGAAAAGAUCACGAUCGACAUCACGCGGCAGAUAUCGCUCUCGGGACCGAUCAAGGGAUAAGUCUACACGUAAAAGACAAAAAAGGGAUAGAUCUCGUUCGCGCGAUCGAAAGAAACGCUCUUCGUCAAAAGAUAAACGACGUCGCAGUCGCUCGAAGAGUAGAGAUAAGGAACGCAAGAAGGACCGAAAAGAGCGCAAGGAGCGUUCUAGAUCACGGUCGAAAAUUCCUCGAAAUUACGACGAGGAGGAAAAAGGUUUUGACUCGGAGAAGGAGCGCAGCGCGAGUCGCCAUGGAUCGGAAACUGUCGAUAAGGAAUCGUCCGAGAAAUCUGACAACAUGGAUAUUUCUAAUUCACCUUAGCUUAAGACAAAGAAGAAAGUGAAAUAUAUAAUAAAUUAAGUGAUCACAAAAUUAUGAUUAUUUUAUUUAACUUUUUUAAUUACAAACUAUUAAAAGUUCUGAAGCAUUCAACUAUUGAUGUAAACCUGUAAACUAUAAUAAAUGUCUGAUCAAGUAUAUAA